CACUCCUCUUCCAGUUUUCCUGUCGAAAGUUGAGAAGAAGAAAAAACUCCUCCCCUCGCCGUACCCCUAUCCCGAUGGCGAUCGGCGGCGGCGGCGGAGGCGGGAGCUGGAGCAUCCACGGCCGCCCGGACGUCACCUCCCGCUACGAUGUCCUCGGACGCGCUGGCUCUGGCGCCUACGCCGACGUCUACCGCGGCCGUCGCCGGUCCGACGGCGCACCGGUUGCCCUCAAGGAGGUCCACGACGCUGUCAGCGCCCAGCGCGAGGCCGACGCCCUCCUCGCCGUCGCCUCUGAGUCCUCCCCUCAUGUCAUCACGCUCCUCGACCACUUCCCCGGCGGCGACCACGACGACGAUGUCCUCGUCCUUGAGUGGCUUCCGCUCGACCUCGCCGCCGUCGUGCGCGAAGGGAGGCGCGCGGGAGGUCUCCCUGCCGGCCAGCUCAAGCGAUGGAUGCUGCAGGUCAUCGAAGGCGUCGCCGCCUGCCACCGCGCCGGCCUCGUGCACCGCGACCUCAAGCCCGGAAACCUGCUCAUCUCUGAGCACGGGGUCCUCAAGGUCGCCGAUUUUGGUCAGGCCAGGAUUCUUCAAGAACAGCCAUCUGAUGAACCGGAAAUUCCUGCUGCUCAGGAGCCAGAGACACUCACUGCAGCUGACUACCUACAUGAGAUUGACCAACUCCGGGCCAAGUCCACUUAUGGAGAUGUCGACAGAAUGAGCCUUCAGGAUGGAAACACCUCCUGUCUUGCCACUUGCAGCACAGCUGACAUCGACGAUGAUCCAUUUAGAGCCUCAUAUUCGUAUGAUGCUGAAGAAGACAUUGGGGAUGAAGAGUCUGGUGCCUUCACUUCUUGUGUUGGAACACGGUGGUUUAGAGCUCCUGAACUCCUAUAUGGGUCAACCAGCUACGGCCAAGAGAUCGACCUGUGGUCACUAGGAUGCAUUUUGGCUGAGCUUCUUAGUUUAGAGCCCAUAUUCCCAGGCCAAUCUGAUAUUGACCAGAUUGGUAGAAUCAUCGGAGUCCUGGGCAAUAUCACAGAAGAGUCCUUUCCUGGCUGUUCAAAUUUACCCGAUUACAACAAGAUCUUUUUCAGCAAGGUUGAGAAGCCUACGGGCCUCGAAGCAUCACUUCCUAACAGAUCUGCCUCUGAGGUUAGCAUAGUAAAGCGACUACUUUGCUAUGACCCAGCAAAGAGGGCCAGUGCUUCUGACUUGCUGAAUGAUCCGUACUUCACUGAAGAACCCUUACCCGUACCUACCGAGGCGCUACAAGUCCCGGCAUCAAAGGGUGAGGACGACGACAGCUCUGCGGAAGAAUGGGGUAAUUACAGGGACGGCAAUUCGGAUUCAGACAUUGACGAAUUCGGCAGCAUGGAUGUCACCAAAACCGACAAGGGUUUCAGCAUACGCUUUUAGCGAUGAAGAAAGAUGCCCACGGGAACAAUAUCUUUGUAUUGAAACAUUGUUGUAUUCUCUGUCUGGAACAUGUCGUUUGGGCUCCUGGUGGAAAAUAAAGUUGUACUAGCUAUUGUAGUUCAUAUUGUAUGUCCAUGUGUUGGUGCAGGCCUGCCAUUUAGAGAACGUGAAACAUUUGCAAGUCGCCACUUCUGAAUGCAUAACCUUCAUUCGCCUCCUGA